AUGAUUUUAGAGACGAAUCUACAAAACUCACCUGUCAUUUCGUCAGCUAGUGAAAUAAUAUUUAUUAUUAAUCCUAGAUGGAUCAAAGCUACAAUAAAUUGUAAUUUUUAAUAUAUGGAAUCAUUCAACUGUUGAUUUUUAUCAGUGAAACACGUUCUAUUAAUAAAUACGUUUUAUCGUACCGUACUUUAAUUGAGCAAUUUAAAUCAUAUACGUCAUAGUUAACGUCAUCCUCCCCACCAAAGUUCAUCAUAAUAAUCGUGAAUUAUCAUGUUAUUAGUCAUUCAAUAAGAAACGUCAGACGUCACUUGACUUACUUUGCAGAAAUAGAACAGUGAAAAUUAUCAGUUUGUUUGCUGAAUAGUUCCUCAGGUCUCAGGUACAUCAAAAAGUGUUUGUUGCUCACUUCUUCAGUUUUUACUAGCAAGUGUUGUUUUUAUUGGUUUAUUGUUAUUUGAAGAACGUUAACUCUCACUAUCAUAUAUUGGAAUAAAGUAUUAUUUUUGGAAUAAAUUUAGAUAUUGCCAGUGUUGCGCAACUAGAACCUUUUUAUCAUUACCUGUUCUAAUUUGUGUGAAAAACAGCCCUAAUGACAAUGGCUGAGAGAGCACCUCCCCCAACCUAUGAUGAAGCAAUGAAAUUUGGUAAACCUGGAGCAGCUCCACAUCCGUCCCAAGCUCAACCGCAAGUACAGGUGGUUGUGGAGCAGACCUUUUCACCGUUUCCGCAGCGCAUGAUCUGCCCGUCUUGCCACGCCGAAGUGGAGACCAGAGUCAAGUACAGGCCAAAUACCAACACACAUCUUAUCGCGUUACUCCUAUGUUUUCUAUUCUGGCCAUGCGCCCUCUAUCCAUACUGCAUAGAUACGUGUCAGGAUGCCAUGCAUUACUGCUCAUCAUGUGGAGCAUACUUAGGAACCUACACCAACUGAUGUCAGUAGAUAAUUUUCAUCUAUUUGCCCAGGAUCGCGACUCGACAACCUAAGCUGAGCUUCUUCGGUUGGUAUCGGCCACAUCAUUGAUACAUCACAUCUACAUUCCUGAAAAUUUUCAACAACCUACUAUUCCAUUCUUCAGCGACAGCGAUCUCUCAUUUAGCUCAUUCCAUUUUCUUGUGAUCUUGAUCCAUUGUUCAGGUAUAAAUUGUUUCGUAAUGAUAUUCCGAAUAAUUCUGGAUUUUCCUGAAUAAUUCAGGAAAAAUGAAAUUUUCAUGACAUUAUUACACUUAAUAUAAUAUGAUACACUUGUUAAAAAUUAUUUUUAUGGAUUGACUAUACACUACAAAAAAUUAGACUUGGGGCGUUAGUAAUGUGAGAUUUUUUAUGGGAGAUAAUUAUUUAGCAUGAUUUGGGUUGUUUACAAACUAGAAAAACUAUGCUUAUUAGAGCAUUCAUGCACAUGCAUAUGCACAUGCGCAUGCACAACACUACAAAAAAUUUAGA